AUGGCAGCAAGGCCAUUAGGGAAUGACGAUCAGAUUGGAGGUAUUAGCGAUUAUGGAUACUUUGAGGGAGAUGGAAAUUCCCACCAUUCCUUUUGCCUAUAUCCACGAAAAGGAGAAGAAGGUAGAGCAUGCUUGAAGACUUGGGUUUCGGCCUCUUUGACUAA